AUGAACCUUUUAUCUAAUUAUCUUCCCCCAUCAUCCGAUCCUACCUAUUCUCAGCGUUUAACGGAAUUCCCUGCGUACAAGGAGUCACUUUACGCCCGAUAUCCGCCGGUUUGUGCGAAUUGUCAACCGGCCGUUGAUGAGCAAAUCCAGCAGAAGGACAGUAUGGCAAAAUCCGCGGCCCUUGGGGGGUGGCUGCAGGCUAGUGCACGACGCAGCAAGUCUCCAGGGUCUGGGUUUGGCGAAAAACCACCGGGUACCAUCGGCCGGCAGGUCGUUGUGUGGAAUAUCCGCGGAGCUCUCUGGUUAGGUACAACCUUAUGGUGGUUGUUAACCGACAUUCAAGGCGGUUUACUGUACCCACCACCUCCGAAAUCCUUGCCUUGUCCAAAUCUUAUAAUUGGCGUCUUGUCUAUCUUAUGGCAGUUCUGGGAUCCUACCUGGAAGUCCCUCCAACGAACUCACCUACAGGGUCAUGAAGCCCGCGUAGAAGGGAAAGCGGUCUGGGUGCGAUGCCAAGGUCUUAUUUGGACAUGUCGGGCUAUUUUAAUCCUGGCUAUCCGAUCCCAAGCCCCUUUGAUGUCCAGAGGUGGUUUUUGGUUUGCUCUGUGUCUCGAGUUUGUGGCCAAUUUACUUGCAUUCAGGAGUAUUCGUAUCAUUCGACCACCACGAAUCAGGCUCGUUUCUUCCUCCCGCACUCACCAUACUCCAAAACCCAAAGGCGGGUCUCUUACGACAUUUGGCGAAUCCAAUAGCGAGCAACCGGUGGAGGUUCCUGCCUUUUCUGGACUCUCGCUUUCUUCUUUCUCGCCCACCCGCCCUACACGAAGUGUAAAUCCUAUAUUUGGGGUUACAUCGUUACCUCAGUCCCAGUCUCAGCCUCAAUUUCAGUCAUUGUCUGGCGACUAUAACGACACAGAAGCCACAGAUGCAAUGGACUGGACUCCUGCUGUGGCUUAUACCAGAGACGAAGCCGCAGAACUUCUUCGGCCAGCACGAUUUGCUCCAGAAAAACCUACUGGACUCGAAGGACUAAUUGAGAAAUUUGGUAUCAGCGAGGACGAAGCCAGGAAGCCGACCGGUAAUCAAAGAUCGAGCACCAAUGCAAGGGUCUCUGGCGUUGAGAAAGGAAUAUUUAUUGGAGCAUUUUCGGCCUUGGGUUUAGUUGGGAUCCUUGUUUUUGUAGUCACCUGGUGGCCUCAAUGGCUUGCUAGCCAACAAAACACUGGUCAGGUGCUCACGCCUCAGCAUAUAGUCGAGGGCCUUUGA